AUGCUGCAGCCAUCAUCAGGCGAUACAUUCCAAAUUGUUUCGGGCUCCUCCGUCAAACGCCAUGAGGUUUUAUGGCUCGAGGAUGGGAAUGUCAUCCUUCAGGCCGAGGACGUUCAGUUUCGCGUACAUCGAUCCAUGUUGGUUCGCCACUCGCCCAUAUUCCGAGACAUGUUCUCCAUCCCCCAACCCCAAAAUCCGCAGGAUUCCGACCCCGAUGGUUGUCCUGUCAUCGUCCUUUCAGACAGCGCUGAUGAUGUUGGACAAGUUCUUGCUAUUUUCUAUGAUAAUUAUCGGUUUCUGGAUCUUCGCGAGAAGCUCUCGAUUGGUGCGAUUGCCGCUAUGCUUCGGAUGGGAAAAAAAUAUGACAUUGCAUACCUCCGGGACGACGCACUGAAGCGACUAAGACACGACUUUCCCAUUACUCUGCCAGAUUGGGAGGCGUCUUACAACGGUAGUAGUCCUAUCGAUUAUACCACCUUGUCCGACUACGCGAAGACCGUUGCAGCUAUCAUAUCCCUUGGACGAGAGCAUGACAUACAGUCAAUCCUCCCAGGUGCUUUCCUCCACUACACUAAUCGAGCCACGCUAGAGGAGAUAUUGGCGGAGGAUAACAACAAUUUACCGCAAGAAGCGUGCACCCAGUGCGUUAUCGGAAGAGAUAAAUUCCUUCGCCGCGUUCAUUCGACCCUUCUGUCUUGGUUCCGGCUUCCGACUUUCAUGCCUAUCAGCACUUGCAGUAACAUUGCUGUCUGCCCUUUGAAGAAGCAGGCGCUGUUCCGAGGUCUCUGCGACUCCCUGUGGAUGGGAGAAGGUGGGAAAGUUCGUUGGGAUUUCACCGAUUGUAUUCCUGGCCGUGCUGCAAAAACUAUCAAGAUCCUCUGUCCAUCGUGUGCCACCAGUAUCUCUCGAUGCUAUAGGGACUCUCGCAAUAAGCUGUGGGAAGAGUUGCCGAGCUUCUUCGGUCUUCUGGGGUGGGACCAACUCAGAGAUUUUGAUCAAUAG